UUGGCAAUAUGGCGUCGGCCGGGCGGCUAAGACUGCCGCUUUUUCUCCUCUGGAAUAUUGCAGGCUUGUGAAUCAGACGCGUUCUUGGCAUGGGCUCUCUGUCGCUACUCGGCCUCCUGUGGGGAUUUCUCCUGCUGCAGGACGUCCUGAAACCGCUGCGUGGGGACCCGGUUUUUAUCCCAUCUUUCAUACGAAUGUCCAGCCCUGAGGUCAGCGCGUCCCUGGUUGGAGGCAGUGAGGAUGUCACCGUCUCUCUGAUUCCGUUGCAUGUCGAGAAAGGAGUGUUGCCAGUUCCUACUUGUGGUGGUCUCAGCAAUGAGACGGGAGAUUGGAAUAUUACUGUGAGCCCCAGUGUGAACGCACUGGAAGUGACGGUCCGGUGGAAGAGGGGCCUGGACUGGUGCUCCUUAAACGAGACUGCCUCCUUCUCGGAGCUUCCAUGCCUCGUGCAGACACUGCUGGUUUCGGCAUCCCACAAUGCAUCCUGUUUAGCACAUCUGCUCAUUCAGGUGGAGAUUUAUCCCAAUGCGUCUGUGACCCACAAUGCAUCAGAUAACAUGACCGUCAUCCCUAACCAAGUCUAUCAGCCUCUGGGUCGCUGCCCUUGCGACUUGACAGCCAAGGCCUGUGACAUUCGCUGCUGCUGUGACCAAGACUGCCAGCCAGAAGUAAAGGAGCUGUUCCAGCAGUCCUGCUUCUCCGGUGUGUUUGGAGGGGACGUCAACCCUCCCUUCGACCAGCGCUGUGCUGUGGGCACCACUCACGAGACCCCGGACUGGUUUCCUUUCCUGUGUGUGCAGUCUCCCCCCUCCACCUCGCCUUUCCUCGGUUACUUCUAUCAUGGUGCCAUUUCCCCCAGACGUGACCCCGCCUUUGAAGCCCAUCUUCACCUUGACCUAAGGGACUUUGCUGAUGCUGGCUACAAACAAGGAGAUCCCAUCAUGACCACAAUGGGGUAUUUUACCGUCCCUCAGGUCUCCCUGGCUGGACAAUGUCUGCAGGAUGCUCCAGUGGCUUUCCUGAGGAAUAUUGAUAUUAAAUGUACCAUCAAUCUGGAAGUGCACCGAGAACGAGAUGGCACCGUCCCUGAGAAUGUGAAGAUUCGCACGGUGGGAGGUCUGGUCACACCAAGAGUAAGCUAUGAGCAAGCCGCUGACCUGGACAAAUGGAUCUCCAGUCCAGACACACUUGUGAACAGUGGAUCUGCCUCCAGAAAUGUGAGCGUUGAAGAGGAUUACGUUUUCAGAUGGCAAAAUAAUUCCAUCAGCGGACUAGACAUCACAGUCAUCAGGGCGGAGAUCAGUGCCCACCAGAAAGGAACAAUGGCCCAAAGAUUCACAGUGAAGUUUUUAAGCCAUGACAGUGGUGAUAAGAAGGAAUCUUCUGGAAACCCAGGUUACCAGCUUGGCAAGCCGGUCCGCACCCUGCAUACCGAUGGGAUGAAUGUUACUGCGUUGCACCUCUGGCAGCCAGUUGCAGCUGGAAGGGGCUUGUGCACAUCAGCCGCUCUCAGACCCGUUUUAUUUGGAGAGAAUGUACUUGCCGGCUGCCUUUUGGAGGUUGGGAUUAAUGAGAACUGUACGCAGCUCCGGGAGAACGUCCUCCAGAGGCUGGAUUUGCUGAUACAAGCAACUCACGUCGCGAGGAGAGGCAACUCGGAUUACAGCGAUCUGAGUGAUGGCUGGCUGGAGAUCAUACGUGUUGACGUCCCUGAGACAGGUGCUGACCUGCCCCUGAGCAGUGCAAAUGGCAUCUGCCCAGAAGUUCCUGCCCAGCUCACCAUCCGCAUCCUCAUUGCUGAAGCUGGUUCUGUGGAAGGGGUGGCUCAGCACGAGAUCCUCGGCGUGGAGACGAGGUGUGUGUGGUCUCUUCCCAGCGCUGCCAAAGUCAAGAGCAGGACAAAGACUAGGGAUGCUAGGGUCUCCACGGUGACCUGGCAGUACCAGUGUGGGCUCACCUGUAAGGACACGGCUGCUCUUCUCCCUCUCAGCGCUUCCGUUCAGUUCAUUAAAAUCCCUGCGCAGAUGCCCCGCCCUCCAACGAGAUUCCAGAUCAACUUCACAGAGUAUGACUGUACCCGGAAUGAGCUGUGUUGGCCUCAACUUCUGUACCCUCUGACCCAAUAUUACCAAGGAGAGCCCCGUUCCCAGUGUGUCGCCAAAGGCCUAAUGCUUCUGUCGCUCCUCCUGUUGGCCACACUCAUCAGCCAUCCUUGGAUGAGACUGUACAGAGGCUGGUGCUCGGCUCCCAUCCCCCGCUGACUUUGCUCAGGACUCAGAGUGCGCACUCAGUGGCUCCCUGUAGGCCUGUGUGCCUCUCUGAAACCGUUUGUUUGAGACAGGGUCUCACUAUGUAGCCCAGGCUGGCCUCUAAGUACACUGGGAUCUUCCUGCCUCUGCCUCCAGAGUGCUGGGACUGAAGGUGUGCACCACUGUGCCUAGCCUCCCUGAAACAUUUUAAUAAACAAAAUGUCUAUUUUUAUAGAAAUUCUUGGUGUUAAGUGAAUUUAAGUCGAUUAUCCAGAUAUUCAGAGUUGCACAGAGUGAUCAUUCUUGCUGCCGGCUGGCUUCAGGGGAGCUGCUAGUGUCCCUGAAUGUCAGAGACCUAAGCCUAGCACGAAUUCCUAAUCACAGGAGUUUUGGUUUUGACCAUACUUAAUGCAAGCAUAUAAGAAUUAAAAAGGAUUGAU